AUGUCCGGAGCGUUGCGGGACUGGAUGUUCAUCUUAUGGAUGUUAUUUUUGGUCCCCGAGGUCCGUGCCCUACGGCAAGUGCUGGUGGAAGGCGACCUCAUGAUCGGCGGCCUGUUCCCGAUCCACGAAAGCGGUCGAUCCGCCCAACAGUGCGGUCGAAUAAAGGCCGACCAGGGCGUGCAACGGAUGGUGGCCAUGUUGUUCGCGUUGGAGGAGAUCAACAACCGCAACGACAUUCUUCCCGAUAUUCGGCUUGGUGCUCAGAUCCUCGACACCUGCUCCAUCGAGACCCACGCUCUCGAGCAGAGCCUGGAGUUCAUCAAGACGGUGAUGAGCAAGUCCAGUGCUCUCCAAUGUAACAGCGAGGUCGAGCACCAGCCCAUUAUCGCGGUAAUUGGGGCUGCCGGAAGCCAAGUGUCAGUUAUGGUGGCCUCCAUGCUUCAGCCCUUCAAGAUUCCCAUGCUCAGCUACAGUUCUACGGGUGUGGAGUUGAGCGAGAAGCCUCGGUAAUACAUCUAUCACUUCAUUACCCUUAAAUUUAUCACAAAAGAACUGUAAAAAUAAUUUUUUCGAAGAAAAUACGAUUUUCUGCAUAAUUCCAAAAAACAUGUCAUGAUGACCGUCAAAUUCCAUAAAAUGUGUCAUUGUGACAAAAAAUUGCAGAAAAUUCGUAACAAAAUCUUUUCGAAAACGAGGAAAUUCGAGAAUUUUUAAUUUUGGAAAUGUUUUCAGAUUCCAGUUCUUUUCUAGGGUGGUACCACCCGAUAACCUCCAGGCAAAGGCCAUGGCUCACGUUGUAAGUACAUUAUUAAUAUUAAAAAAGGAAAUUCAUUCCAAUAAAUCUCUGAGAAGGGAAUAUGUUAUUGCAGAUCGUAAUAAAACAAUGUUGGGAAGUUAUUGUAACCAUUCAUAUAUCAAUUGAUAUUGUCUUAAGAGUAACAAGUGGAUAUUAUUGUAGCUAAAAUGGCAUUUUCGCUUGAAGUACAAUUAGAUAUUGAUGUUAAUCAUAUUGUUUUUGGCAAUAAUGUAAACAAUAAUUGUAAAAUGACUCAACAUGAUUGUUUUGAAGGUAUUUUGAAUGAGCUAAAGCGAGUAAAAAAUCGUAAUACGAAGUUGUAUGGUUUUAGGUGGCCGAACUCGACUGGAACUUCCUUCAUGCUGUUGUUGAUACGGGUUCGUAUGGGGAACGAGGAAUGGACAGUUUCAGAUCCGCCGCCACUGAGUUGGGUAUCUGUAUUGACGGUGAGAUUCACAAAGUCAGUAGACGGUGGACGGACGAUCAGUUCAGGUCAGUUCCUUAUCAUUAACAUCGACAAUAUCAGCCAAACCUUACCCAUAAUAAAAAAAACGUUUCGAACAGUAAUUCAUGACAUUACCUGUUUAUCUAAACGUUCUACUAUUCAGGGACUUGUUGAUACGUAUGAGGCAAUCGAACAAAGCUCGAGGAGUAGUUAUGUUUGUAGAUGAAGAUAACUUGAGGAGAUUUCUGACCAAUCUUAAAAGCAUGAUCACGAGUGGAAGGCAUCCGGAGAUGAAGAACUACUUCUGGUACGUUGUUAGAGUAUAAAAUACGUGAAAACAAAGGUUUUAUGACUAAAUAUAGAAGGCUUCCUUUACAUAAUGUUAGACGCAGCUUUAAAAGUCAGUUGUGCAGGCUGCGCAAAUUAUUAUGCUAAAAUUACAGUGAUUUAUAGAAGGAACUUACGGUAAUUCCAUUUCAGGUUUAUAGCCUCAGAUUCGUGGGGAAUGAAGACAGCUGUGAUCCAAGGAUUCGAGGAUAUUGCAGAAGGUGCCAUCACGAUAGCGCCGAGAAUGCGACAAGUACCCAAGUUCAACGAGUACUUCUACAGUCUGGGACCUCAGAAUACGUUUCUGAGUGAGUAUUGGAAGUCGAUGAACUGUUCUGAUCGUAUUAAUGGCAACUUCGGCAACUGCUUCAAGUCAGUCAACUACAAGUUCAAGCAGGAAGCCUAUGUGCCGAGUGUUGUAGACAGUGUCUACGUGAUGGCUAGGGCUAUUCACAACUACAUUGAUGUGAGUUUUUUGUAGUUUGAAGUUGUUAAAUAUAAAGGGUCCUUAAGUUAAACUACAUUCAGUUUUUAUUGUAGUUAUAACCUUUUUAUUGUUAUACUUUCAGGAUCACUGUCACUCCAUUGAAUGGCGUAGUUGUGCCCUGUCUCAUAUUGGCUUUGAUGGUGCUCUACUACAACGAUAUUACCGUAACAUAUCGCUGGAGGAAGGUCAUCCACCUCUGAUCGAUGCCAAUGGUGAUGGGAUUGGACAGUACAGUAUCUUUCAGCUGGGCAAAGAAGGUGUAUAUAGUCCAGUUGGGUCGUGGAGAACGGGUGUCUUAAGGGAAUUCAAUCUCGACAAGGUCAGGAGGGGCAUUCAGGUAAAAUAUUAUGCUUUUACACUAUCUAACUAGAUUUGGUAUAAAAUACGUCUUUAUGUUGUGUUAAAGAUAACUUAGCAAGGUUUUAUAUACUAUAUUUUCUUUUUUAGGCCCUUGAUGGAAGUCGCGUGGUCCCAAUGUCAGUGUGUAGUGUACCAUGCGACGUUGGUUACUAUAGAGCAUAUCAGGACAUGACCUGUUGCUGGACAUGUAUCCCUUGUGACAUAUCCACUUCGAUUAUAGUCAACGAGACCAGGUACGGGAUGUUACCUCAUCUUUUAAUAUAUUCAUUCAUUAAAAAAAUCAAUCUGAAGUGUUGAUUAUUGUAGCUGCCUCCAAUGCCCUCUGGGUAUGAUCCCCAACCCCAGCUUUGACUCCUGCCGUCCAAUCCAGCCGAUCCAUCUAGAAUGGACUUCAGUCUGGGCUUUGUCUCCAGCUUUGUUCUCUCUGCUAGGAGUAACUGCCACAAUCUUUGUGACAUCAGUCUUCGUACGGUACAACAACACUCCAGUAGUCAUGGCUUCUGGCCGAGAACUCUGCUACUGUAUGUUAUUCGGGAUCGCCUUAUGUUAUCUAGCCACUUUUGUGCUGGUUAGCCGACCAUCUAGCUACUCUUGUGCCUUGUCGAGAGUUAUCAUUGGCCUUUCGAUGUGUGCUGUAUACGCAGCGAUAUUAAUCAAGACCAACAGAUUGGCUAGGGUUUUUAAACCGAGCAGUCCGGUCAGGCCAAGGCUAAUAUCACCACCUGCACAGGUAACCUUUAUCUUUUAAGAUUUUUAAAAUAUCUUUAAACUACCCUGAUUGUGACAAGAAUAUAUUACUUUAUUAGCCUUGAACUAAUUAACUGUCUUUUAGGUAGCCCUAUGUGCCUCGAUAGUACUGACCCAGUUGUUGGGGUCUUUGGUAUGGUUGAUAAUGGAUCCUCCCGAAACGACUGUAGUGUAUCCAACUCGUACUAAGGCUGUGUUGACAUGUAAAGCCACAUCCUCCCACCUAUUGAUAUCUCUUGGCUUUAUCAUGAUACUCAUUCUGGCUUGUACCAUAUACGCUUUCAAGACCAGGAAGAUACCAGAAAACUUUAACGAAACCAGACUCAUCGGCUUCACAAUGUACAGUACGAGCAUACUGUGGCUGGCCUUUGGGCCGAUCUACUUUGCUACACAAAAUAACUUUAAGGUACGUUACAGUGUAUAUCUUGUCUCUUGUGUUAUGCAUUACACCACUAUUCCAUAUGACUUUAGAUCCAAAUAGCCAGCUUGUGCUUCUGUAUCUCUCUUAGUGGUACUGUAGCUUUGGCCUGCUUCUUCUUCCCCAAAGUCUACAUCGUGCUAUGGCAACCGUACAAGAAUGUACGAACACGACAUUCUGCUGUAGGCAAGCUGGUCAAUCAGCAAAUGCGGUUCAUUAGGUAUGUCACAAUAGCUCAUUACUGGUAAAUACCGUCAUUUACUAUUUGUAAAUAGUAUACCCCCGAUUACUGUAACCCGUUUUUGUUUUUGACAAAAGGUAGAUUAUCUUACCAUGCGACGGUCACGUUUGUAAUUACCUUGAUCUCACCAUAAUUAAGGCUUACCAUGUAAAUUUUAUGUUUAAAUUACCUGAAACUUACCGUAAUGCUUAAAUCUAUAUAAGGAUUACAUACCUAUCGUAAUUUUAUUUCGAUUUACACCCGUUUUUCAAUUAACAUAUAACCUUUAAAGUCAAAUGACAACUCCCCAAUCAUCUCAUCCUCCUACCAGGAUUGGUACUCAAGGUGUCCAGGAGAUCUCCACUAACUACACGUCGUCGUAUCACGAGAAUUACUCUGUCCAAAACGGGUCUUCUUGUAAGUAUCCCCCAUUAACAUGUUUUAAACAUUUUCCACUUUCAACCCUUUUUCAUUUUAUGACAACUUAUAUCUUUUUUAUUUUAAAAACCUAGUUGGAUAACACAAUUAUGACAUCCAUGAUCUUAAAAUGAUAAUAUUGUACUACUUUUACUCAUAACAACAUAUCUUUAAAACUUUUGAUUCCAGCCGAAGCCAGCGGCACGAACCGUUGCAUAUCUCCGCCUCCGCCCCGUGCACCCCAAUCCACACCCGCCCCCCUCUCAGCACGUGCUUCAGUGAAUCCGGAAGCAGUCCAGGACAGGACGAGCUACACAGUGAUUACCAAUGUAGCGGCGACUGUCUCUGUUUCUAAUGGCUGCCCCAAGGGCAUGUUUGAUGAGGACGAAGCGAUUCAGUCCAUAGACUCGUCGUCAGUCUCUUCUGAUUCCUGCUCCAACGCUUCUGCAGCUAGUCUGCGGAGAAGGCUGAUCCAUCAGAAUUCAGCCGCUUCUCCGCCCCCAGUCCAGCUGAUUCUGAGAGAAAUCAGCGAGAAUCCGUUUUCUACGUUUCUUUGA